AUGUUUGCCGCGGGGGAGCAAGUUACCCUCGCCACCGACAAUGGGCAGCGGCUUGUCUUCACCAUCGAGCGCCCGUUCACGCCUUUUACGAAGAGCGUCGCAGUUCUUGCACGCUGCGCCGAGCUUUCAUCCACGCCAGUGGUAGUCAAGAUCUUCGACCCGCGCUUUCUCGACGAACGCCUUCCGAUGAAGUAUCGGCGUGCACGUCCGUGGUCGCUAGAAGCCGAGCGUGCAGCGCUGGACAUUCAUGCCUACGAUGAGAAUGAGGUGUGGGAGGAAGAGCCAGCGGAGGACGACGUCGAGGGGCAAGCAGCACGCGCGGCGCUUUUUGAGGCGCAUUUCAGACGCCUCUCGACAGAAUGCUUCGCAUCCGAGCGCGAUGCAUACGCCCGACUACAAGGUUUGCAAGGCGACACGCUUCCGCGCCUCCUAGCGAUUGGGCAGGUUGACCCACCAGACGAGCGCGCUUUUCGUCCUCCCGCGCUCGUGCUGGAGUACGUGGAGGGGACUAUAUUCGACGACACACCUUUGGAAGCCUUCACUCCCGACGUCUGCACUAAGCUCGUGCACACCGCGGACAGCUUCGCCACGCUCGGCGUCUCGCACAACGACGUCAACGUCAACAACGUGCUCAUCGGCCCCGGACGGGUGGUCUUCAUCGACUUUGGCUGCGCUGCGUUGCGUCGGCCUGAUCAGUACGAUGAGAGCUGGAGCCACAAUGUGCGGUAUGGGAGUGAUGGGAGGAGGAUGCGGAUAUAUCUGAGGGAAAAGGGCGUUACCGAUAUGGACGAGUUGCUACAGAUCUCGGGCAGCUGCACGGUGAGCCGCAGGCGUGAGGAUAUUGCAAAAUAA